GCGCGGCGACGCCGGCGCUGCCUGGUCCCGUGACUGCGCGCCCAGCCCCGGCCGCGGCCGCCGCGUAUGCAGUCCCCGGCGGUGCUCGUCACUUCCAGGCGAGUUCAGAAUGUCCACACGGGCCUCGACCUGACGGUGCCCCAGCACCAGGAGGUGCGGGGCAAGAUGAUGUCCGGCCACGUGGAGUACCAGAUCCUGGUGGUGACCCGGCUGGCCGUGUUCAAGUCGGCCAAGCACAAGCCCGAGGAUGUCGUCCAGUUCUUGGUCUCCAAAAAGUACAGCGAGAUUGAGGAGUUUUACCAGAAACUGAGCAGUCGUUAUGCAACAGCCAGCCUCCCCCCGCUCCCCAGGAAGGUCCUGUUUGUUGGGGAGUCUGACAUCCGGGAAAGGAGAGCCGUGUUCAAUGACAUUCUGCGCUGUGUCUCCAAGGAUGCCGAGCUGGCAGGCAGCCCAGAGCUGCUAGAAUUCUUAGGCACCAGAACCCCAGGGGCUGCGGGUCUCACCAGCAGAGAUUCCUCCAUCCUGGGUGACACACACAGCCAGGCAGGGGACGAUGAGGAGGCUUUUGACUUCUUUGAGCAGCAAGACCGAGUGGCGGGUGAGGGUCCGCCCAGCCUGGGCCUGAAGGACGAAGAUGCAGAGAAGUCCUUGGAGGAGGAGGAGGAGGAGGAGGAGGAGGUGCUGGAUCCUCUUGGCAUCAUGCGCUCCAAGAAGCCCAAGCCACAGCCUAAAGUGGCCAUGAAGCCCAGGCCCUCUCCGCGGCUCACCAUCUUCGACGAGGAGGUGGACCCUGACGAGAGGCUCUUUGGCCCGGACAGGAAGCUCUCCCCGCAGGGCCCUGCACAGGAUGCGCCUCCCACAGACCCCCUGAAGCUGUUUGACGAUCCUGACCUUGGUGGCGCCGUCCCCCUGGGAGACUCCUUGCUGCUGCUGCCAGCCCCCCGUGAGAGUGGAGGGCCCACCUCCAGCUCGGGCCGCAGGGACACCUCCGAGGAGCUGUUCAGAGUUGAAGAGGACUUGGACCAGAUUCUGAACCUGGGGGCUGAGCCCAAACCCAAGCCACAGCCUAAGCCCAAGCCACCAGUGGCAGCUAAGCCAGUGCUACCCAGAAAACCAGCUGUUCCCCCCAAAGCGGGCCCAUCUGAAGCGGGGGCUGGGCAGCAGAAACCGCAGCAGCAGAUCCAAGCCAUGGACGAGAUGGACAUCUUGCAGUACAUCCGGGACCAUGACACACCUGCCCAGGCCGCCCCCAGCCUCUUCUGACCCGCCCCGAGUGCUGGCUCUGGCCCAGCAGGCCCCCUGUGGAGGCAUGGGUGGGUGGGCAGGAGGGACAUGGGGCCCUGUGGGGCCAGGACCUCCACUGCCAAGGGAGGCAGG